CUCAAUUCGUUCCCCAUUUGGGUCUGCCCAACGAACCUUGUUGACCCUUGUGGAGGCGUGAGGAUUGAAGAACGGCAAGGAUCACGCACAGUUCUCACGCUGCAGAAGUGAAUUAGGGCACGGAAGGAGAAUAUUUAGCUACCUUUGUGAUAAGUUCUGGUUGUAUUUCUGUGUUAUUUUUACAUUCUCGCGAGUAAUCCAAAGAUCUUGCGGCCAGCAUUAAGUCACUAUGUUGAAGGGCAAACGUUAUUGAAUCUCCCGCUAGUGAUAAUUCAAUGUAUGAAAGGAAAUGGCUAAUCACACUGAUUCACUUAUUCCAUUAGACAUUAAUGCCAAUGAAUGUGCGGUUGAUGUGGCAUAUCAUUCACCAAAGGAACGUGGCCCUGAAAUCCGUAAUUCAGAUGAAAAUGAUGUUGUUCCUACACCACAUAACGGUAUGAUAUUUGGUUCGGAGGAUGAGGUGAGAUCAUACUAUGCAAAAUAUGCCAGCCAAGUAGGUUUUGGCGUCAUGACAAGAACCUCAAGGAAGGUAGCUGAUGGCAAGAUUGGGUAUUUUAUACUUGCAUGUUCUAGAGAAGGAUUUAGAAGAAACAGUAGAAGAAAUCCCAUCAGAAGUGUUCCAUCAAGGAAACAGAAGUGUGAAGCCAGGAUCAACGUUUCUUUAUGUAAAGAUGGAUUCUACAGGAUUCAAACAGUUACGCUUAAUCACAAUCAUGAACUGAGUCCAGGUCAGGAUAUUGACAUGCGAGCUAAGAGGAAACUAGACCCAGAAGAUCAAACUGAGGAGCAGAUGAACAAGAGUUUCCGGUCUUUAGUGGUUGGAAAUGGGGUUUAUGAUAAUGUGACAUUGUGUCCAAAUGAUUGUGGAAGCUAUAUUCGGACAGGAGGCCGGUUGAUUGGUGCAAAUGGAGAUGGUAAUGCUCUUUAUAAAUAUUUCAUGCGCAUGCAAGAACAAGAUUGCAAUUUCUUCUAUGUGAUUGAUUUGGAUGAAUAUUUAUGUGUGAGGAAUGUUUUCUGGGCUGAUGCUAGGAGUAGAGCUGCAUACAAGUCAUUUGGUGAUGUGGUAACAUUGGAUACAACAUAUGUCUCUGACCAAUACAAAUUACCCCUCGUGUCUUUCGUUGGAGUGAACCAUCAUGGGCAAUCUAUACUUUUUGGUUGUGGGUUGAUGUCAUGCAGGGACAUGAAGUCGUUUGUUUGGUUGUUCCAAUCAUGGUUACAUUGCAUGCAUGGUGUGUCACCAAAAGGCAUCAUAACAGAUGAAUGCAAGGCCUUGCAAAAUGCACUUAAAAUUGUAUUCCCCUUUGCUCGACAUCGUUGGUGUUUAUGGCAUAUAAUGAAAAGAUUUCCUGAAAAGUUAAGUCAGCGUGCUGACUACAAGUUGAUAAGUUGUCGUUUAAAAACUGCUAUAUAUGACACACUUACUCCCAAUGAAUUUGAGAUGAAUUGGAAAACAACCAUGAAGGAAUUUGGUCUACAGGACAAUGAAUGGUUGGAUGAGUUGUACCUUGAGCGACAUCGAUGGGUGCCUACCUUUGUAAAGAGUGAAUUUUGGGCUGGAAUGUCUACCAUUCGAUAUGGUGAAAUUAUGCAUCCUUUUUUUGAUGGCUUUGUUGGGUGCCAAACUACAUUGAAACAAUUUCUUGAUGCAUAUGAUAAUGCAUUGCAAGCCAGGGCAGAGAAAGAGUUUGAAGCUGAUUUCCGCUCAUUUUGCAUUAGUCUUUCUUGUGCUACUAAGUCUCCAUUUGAGCGGCAGUUUCAAACUGCUUACACUCAUGCAAAGUUUUUGGAGGUUCAGCAAGAGUUUGUUGGAAAGGCUGAUUGUAACAUGGUGGUUGUUCAUGAUGAAGGUUCUGUUUGUCGUUAUAAUGUUAUUGAAGAUGUGAUGGUAGAAGGUAAACCUAAAGAAGCUUCAUUUGGAGUUAUAUUUGACAGGAUAAACUAUGAUGUGAAGUGCGCUUGCCACAUGUUUGAGUUCAGAGGAAUAAUAUGUAGGCACUCGCUUGCUGUACUGUCCCAAGAGCGAGUUAAAGAGAUUCCAUGUAAGUAUGUUUUGGAUAGAUGGAGAACAGAUCUAAAGAGGAGACACGCAUACGUUAGGACCAGUUACACUGUUAAACAACUCAAACCUCGAAUUGAAAGAUUUGAUCUGUUGUGCAAGCAAUUUGACUCUGUCGCUGAAGUUGCUGCUGAAUUUGAGGAAACAAGUGCGUUUGUAAGUAAUACCCUUUGUGACUUGAAGGAGAAACUGGAAGCAUGGGCAAGCCAUAUGAGAAACUCAUCUGAGGCGGCAGCACCAAUAAGCUGUGCUAUUAACGGUGCUUCUUGAAAUACAAGUAAGAACACGCUCAUUUCAUCAAUUGUAUUCGACUAGGAAUAUUUCUUUUGCAAGCAUAGUAUCAAAGACAAAUGUAAAUGCAAGAAAAAUUGAGCUUCAGCAAAUAUAAAAUUUGCGUUGUUUGCAGCCUCCAAAGAAGUUCACUAUAUGAUGUAAUUAGAGACACCAACGAGCUUCCUUUUUGGAGGUCCGACGGGAAAAUUUUUCAUACCAUGCAACAUUCGAGGGUAAAUAUAAUGACAUUAGAAGCUGCAGGUAUUAAUAUAUUCCUCCGGUCUUUAAUGUAGGACUCAUUUUAUAAUAUAAAGUAUAUUACAAAAUGGGUUUUACUUUUAAGUACUUUUAAGAGCAGAGGAGUAUAAUUUAUUGUUCUGGCCAAAUACAUUUGUAGAUAUAUAGAACUUAUUAAAUUCCUUUUUAUUUAGCGAUAUAACUAAAAAAAAAAAUUUUUAAAAAAAGAUGGCCGCAGUGUUAAUGAUGGCGGAGAAAAAGUCAUCGAGAUACAAGCCAUCUAAUGAAUCCAUAAAACCAAUUGUAAAGCAUAGUUUAGUAUUUGCUGUCCAAUGUAUCCAUGUAUAGAUUGACCAGGAAUCGGUGGUGUGUUCCGGUGGAGCCGAAAAGGUAGUACAUUAUUAUGGAGUGACUUGACCUGAACUAAACUAUGAUUGAUAGUUUGGUUGCGCCAGCUUUUUUGGUUUUCUAUGUAUUGGUUUGGAUAUAUUUAUCACUUAUCAGGUUUUUGAUAUGGGAGUUUGGGCAUGUGUGUGCAGUUUAGCACAUUUGCUGAAAUUAUUUCCCUUAGAAAACCUGCAGUGGCGUAAUCUAACAUCAGCCUGGCCUAAUCAAGAGAGAAUUUUUUUGAAGUGCUUGGCAUCACUAUUUGAAUCUAAAUUAUUAUUAGGAGUUUUAGCUGAUAACAAACCAAAUGAGAAGAUUUUUUAUUUGGCCAGCACAUAAUACUUUGUUCAUAUUAAGGGAUUUAUACUACUGUCAGUCCUUGUACUCGUCUUA